AUGCCGUUCACUGGAAUUGUUAUGUACCCCAAUAAUGCGGACAUCCAGUUCGACGAGUCCUACUACAUGAAGUCUCACAUGCCACUCGUCGAACGCUCCUGGAAGCCCUUCGGUCUGCUCAACUGGCGUGUCACCAAGUUUCCCAAUGCCCUCGAUGGCUCGCGAUCUGAGUAUCUGAUCAUGGCUACCCUCGAGUGGGAGAGUGAGGAUGCCUUGAAGGCUGCUCUGCAGGCCCCUGUCGCUGCGGGGGUGUUUGGCGAUAUCCCCAACUUCACCAACGCGAAGCCUAUCACUUUGGCCGGUGCUGACCUGCAAAAGUGA